CCCAUCUCUCCGUCCUGUUCGUAUAAAAGGACCCGAAACUUGGCUCCUUAGCAUCAUUCGUCUGAGGUUUCCAGCACCAUGAAGUCAGCGAUCGUCGUCUUCCUCUGCCUGGUGGCCGUGUCCCUGGCCUCUCCCCAGACCCAGGACCGCGUCGUGGCCCUCCUGCGGGACGACAGAGUCGACCAGGGCGACGGCAACUUCAACUACGCCUUUGCCGCCGACAACGGCCUCGAGAUGGAGGUGUCCGGCGCCCCAGGGGCCGAAGGUGCCGUCAGCAUGAGAGGAUAUUAUGUACUGCCCCUGGAAUCUGAGGAGUCACCCGCGUUGAGUUCGUGGCCGACGGAGCUGGAUUCCAGCCUUCCAGCGACAAUCCCUGCCAACUCCUCUACCCUCUAA